GUCAUCUUCUCUUUCUGCAUCAUCUACUUAUCGCUGCUGCUCGCGCUCCCCUUCUCGAACAUCAUCUACUAAAUCAUCCAACACGUGCCGCCUUUCCUUCAGCCCAUCUACUAUUCCUUGCGCCCGACACCUCACUUUUACGACAACCCACCUGCUAUUAGUUGGCAAUCUUGUUCUCUUCUGCAUCCCUUGCUUUCGGAAGCGAAUCCUGUCACUAGGAGCCACUUAUCGAUCAUCCGUGCAACCUCCACUGCAACACCGGCUGCCUCGGUCGCCUCGUCCACGCUCUUAAAAGCUCUUCACGCCCCAUACUUCGACCCGUCAACACCUUUCAUCUGUCGAGCUUCGUCCUAGAAACAUUCAUCAUGUCGGUACGACAAACUAGGCGCCAGGCCGCCCAGGCCGCUGCUGGCGAAUCGCCCAAGGUCGCAAACGAGGAACCCGUCCAACAGGUUGUGAUGAACGGAAAUGACAACGAGGUUGCUGCGACGGGAGCCUCGGAAGACGUCCCCAAGGAGAACAUCUUCCUGUUCUUGCCCAAUCUCAUCGGCUACUUCCGCAUCGUCCUCGCGAUCGCCUCUCUCUACUACAUGCCCCUCCAUCCGCGAACCUGCUCUUUGCUGUACAGCGUAUCCUGCCUUUUGGAUGCCCUCGACGGAUACGCUGCGCGCGCUUUUGAGCAGUCGACUCGUUUCGGCGCCGUGCUGGACAUGGUGACAGACAGGUGCACGACAUCGUGCUUGCUGGUUUUCUUGUCCUGCGCCUUCCCCCGCUGGACCAUUGUUUUCCAAAUGCUGCUCUCGCUCGACUUCUCCAGCCACUACAUUCACAUGUACACCACGCUUUCCAUGGCAGGGUCCGACAGCAGCCACAAGAACGUCGACGAGAGUCGUAACAAGAUCCUGUACUUGUACUACACCAACAAGACCGUUCUCUUUGUCUUCUGCGCUCUCAACGAGCUCUUCUUCAUCGCCCUUUACAUGCUGAGCUUCUCGUCACCGCGUCUUUCGCCGUCUCUGCUCAGCUCCGUGUCCAACUCGGAAGCCAUGCAGAUCCAGGCGGGCGCGCAGGUCAAUACGUCUCUGCUUAGCCACAUCUUUCCGAACCCAUACAGCGCCGCCGCUCUCGAGCUUGCCCGCGCAAAUAAGAUGGACUCGACUUGGCCAUGGAUUCUUGCUUCCAUCAGCUUCCCUGUCAUGUUCAUGAAGCAGGUGAUCAAUGUCGUGCAGCUCGUGAACGCGAGCCAGUGGCUAGCCGAGGGCGACGUUGCUGCUAGACGGGCCAAGGGCUUGCCCAAGAAGAAGACGAAGAGCACCUAAACGUGCUACAUAAUGGUGCUAUUUGCUGGCGCACCGCUGACUGUGGCAUGUCACGUCCAUCAUUGAGCCAUUGCCUCCGA